CAGGAGGGACCCUCGGGAGAGCAGCCCCUCGCCCCUAGCCCGCGCAGCCGCCGCAGAUCGUGCGCCCGCGUCCCGGUGCGCCAUGGCCAAGGAAGGUGUGGAGAAGGCGGAGGAGACGGAGCAGAUGAUCGAGAAGGAAGCAGGCCAGGAGCCGGCGGAAGGCAGCGGCGGCGGCGGCUCGCACCGCCUCGGGGACGCCCAGGAGAUGCGCGCGGUGGUGCUGGCUGCCUUCGGGGGGCUCAACAAGCUGCGGGUCGCCAGGAAGGCCAUGCCGGAGCCCCAGGACGGCGAGCUGAAGAUCCGCGUCAAAGCCUGUGGUUUAAACUUCAUUGACUUGAUGGUGCGACAAGGGAAUAUUGACAACCCUCCCAAGACACCACUGGUGCCUGGGUUUGAGUGUUCUGGGAUAGUGGAAGCUCUGGGAGACAGUGUCAAAGGAUACGAGAUUGGUGAUCGUGUCAUGGCCUUUGUCAACUACAACGCCUGGGCAGAGGUGGUCUGCACGCCAGUGGAGUUUGUCUACAAGAUCCCAGACGACAUGAGCUUCUCUGAGGCCGCUGCGUUCCCCAUGAACUUCGUCACAGCCUACAUGAUGCUCUUUGAAGUGGCCAACCUCCAGGAAGGAAUGUCUGUGCUUGUGCACUCAGCGGGUGGUGGUGUGGGCCAAGCUGUGGCUCAGCUGUGUUCCACCAUCCCCAACGUGACUGUCUUUGGAACAGCUUCUACUUUCAAGCACGAAGCAAUCAAAGACUCCGUGACCCACCUAUUUGACAGAAAUGCAGACUAUGUGCAAGAAGUAAAAAGAAUCUCUGCUGAAGGUGUGGACAUCGUUUUGGAUUGCCUCUGUGGGGACAACACUGGGAAAGGUCUCAGCCUUCUCAAACCACUGGGAACCUACAUUUUAUAUGGUUCAUCCAACAUGGUGACCGGGGAGACCAAGAGCUUCUUUAGCUUUGCAAAAUCAUGGUGGCAGGUGGAGAAAGUGAAUCCCAUCAAGCUGUAUGAAGAGAACAAGGUCAUCGCGGGGUUUUCCCUUUUAAAUCUGCUCUUCAAACAGGGCCGUGCAGGCCUCAUCCGAGGAGUGGUGGACAAACUCAUAGGGCUGUACAAUCAGAAGAAGAUCAAGCCCGUGGUUGACUCCUUGUGGGCCCUGGAGGAGGUGAAGGAGGCCAUGCAGCGGAUCCAUGACCGAGGGAACAUUGGCAAGUUAAUUCUGGAUGUAGAAAAGACCCCGACUCCACUGAUGGCCAAUGACAGCACAGAGACCAGCGAAGCAGGGGAGGAGGAGGAGGACCACGAGGGUGACAGCGAGAACAAGGAGCGGAUGCCCUUUAUCCAGUAACCCCGGACCCAGGCAGGAGAACAUGAGGAUGGUUUGGAAGAAGAAGACCAGGCUGGGCAAGCUCUCAUGUGCCCCAGUGAACAAAUGCUGUAGUCAGUGCGCAUUGUGUUUGUCUGCAGUCAGCUGAGCUAAAAAGCUGUUGAUCACUGUUGUGUUUUGAAUUUAAGUGCCAAUCCCAUUCCAUGCAGUAUUAUGUCCCUCCCCAUCUGUGUAUGACACUCUCCC